CAAAAAGCUAUCCUUCAAAAGUCAGCUUCGCAAAAGAGAAACAUCGCAGACAAAAUCAUACCUUGUCAAUACAGCUCCCCACUCACCUAACUCAUAUCAAGUACAAUGUCGCUCUUCAAGUCUGAAAAGAAAAAGUACAUCCCUAUCGAGUCAACCGAAGAUCAGAAGCCUCGUGACCCAACGCAAGAUUCCUCCCGAAGCACGGUUACGGCCCCUACUACAACACAAACUAAUAUCCCCAUCAAGGACCAGAGUCUUCACUCGACUAUCAAGCAAGCCAUGACCAGCAGUGUAAACAAUGCUUUUAAUUUGCGUUAAGCUCCGCUCUAUCCCCUAACAUGCACACAUGAACAUACCCAAGUGGAGCCAUUCCCUCUGUCAUACUAGUAACCGCGUCAUGGCUUG